AUGAGGAUGAGUUUGUGUUGGGAAACUCGUGGGUUUGAUUUUACUUUCAUCUGGAAGAUGCACAUACGGGGAAAUGAAGGUAGCGAGGAUGAACCAGACCUUACAAUUAGACGAAUCGGAAGGAACUAUGGUAAUAAUGAGAGCAAGGAGGAAGUAAACAAUGAGGAGGAGAUAGGUGAAGAGGGCUUGAAUUAUUCAGAUAGUGAUUUACUCCCAUUUGUCAUGAAGUGGGCAUGGCGAUUAUCUUUUGAUGCAAGUCCAACAUUUUCAGGAUUGCUCAAGAAAUUAUCAGUAGUCUUUUUGAUUGGGUUUCUGGCAUGGGUUUAUCAAGCCAUUCAACCUCCAGCACCCAAGAUCUGUGGCUCUCCAGGCGGCCCAUCUGUUACCGCUCCUAGAAUUAAACUCAGUGAUGGAAGGCAUCUGGCCUACAAAGAGAACGGUGUCCCAAGAGAUAAGGCAAAGUAUAAGAUUAUCUGGGUUCAUGGCUCCAGGUCUUGUAGACAUGAUGUGAUGCAGCUUUCUCCGAAAUUAACUGAAGAAUUAGGCAUCUACUUGCUGUCCUUUGACAGAGCUGGAUAUGGAGAGAGUGAUCCCAAUCCAAAGCGAACAGUGAAAAGUACAGCUUUGGAUAUUGAAGAGCUUGCGGAUCAGUUGGAACUGGGAUCCAAAUUCUACGUAAUUGGGGUUUCCAUGGGUGGCCAAAUAGUUUGGACCUGCCUCAAGUACAUUCCUCACAGGCUUGCAGAGACAGCACUAGUUGCUCCAGUUGUCAAUUACUGGUGGCCUGGGUUUCCAACCAAUUUAACCAGAGAAGCCUACAAGCAUCAACCUCUGCGGGACCAAUGGACACUAAGGGUGGCUCAUUACACCCCGUGGCUGACAUACUGGUGGAACACUCAGAGAUGGUUUCCUGCUUCAAGUGUUGUAACUAAUUCCCCAGAGAUUCUUUCAAAAAACAUGAAUAUCAUAUUCUCAUUGACAAUAACACUCCUCUCAAUUUCAUCGUUUCAUGCACAAGUGAGGCAGCAAGGGGAAUUUGAGUCCCUUUUCCGGGACUUCAUUAUUGGAUUUAGAGAUUGGGAAUUUGCUUCAAUGGAACUAGAAAACCCAUUUCAACACAAUGAAUAUUCUGUCCAUUUAUGGCAGGGAGAUGAGGACAGGCUUGUACCAGUUACCCUGCAGCGCUAUAUUGCAGAAAAGCUCCCAUGGGUUCAUUAUCAUGAGCUAAUAGGUUCAGGUCACAUGUUUUAUUACCUAGAUGGUAUGAAUGAAGCUAUUGUAGAGGCACUCUUGCUUGGAGAAAAGUAGCCUCCUAGACAUGUAAUUCUCCACCUCCCUUCUAGACUUCGAAUUUUCUUUCGGUU